UAAGUGGAAACCCUGCAAUCCGCGGGUCGGUCGCCGCGCCGGUAGGAUCCAUCCGUGACGUCGUCUACGUGCCGUGCCGCUCUCGUGUAUUCGACGCAUCGUGUGCUACGAAAUUUGUAUACAGCAAGCGCACAUAACGCGGACAUACGAGCAUGGCUCCAAAGAAGCCCGAGGAACCCGAGCGGAAGCCGCUUAUCGGUCGCGUUGGUACUAAUUUAAAAAUGGGCAUAGUCGGAAUACCGAAUGUAGGGAAGUCUACUUUCUUCAACGUUCUCACCAAGAGCCAGGCAGCGGCUGAGAACUUCCCCUUCUGCACCAUCGAUCCUAAUGAAAGUCGAGUUCCGGUGCCUGACGCGAGAUACGACUACCUUUGCGAAUACUUUAAACCUGCUAGUAAAGUUCCGGCCUUCUUGCACGUAAUGGACAUCGCAGGACUGGUGAAAGGCGCCUCCGAGGGACAGGGCUUAGGAAACAGUUUUCUCUCGCACAUCGGAGCCUGCGACGGCAUAUUUCAUCUUUGUCGUGCCUUCGAAGACGACGAUGUCACCCACGUGGAGGGCGAUGUCAACCCCGUGAGGGACCUCGAUAUCAUCAGCGAGGAAUUACGACUGAAGGACAUGGAAUUCUUGAACGUGCAUCUCGAGAAGCUCGAGAAGCUUGUGAUACGUGGCAAUGACAAGAAGCUGAAACCCGAAUACGAUACGCUGCUGAAGGUAAAGGCCGUUCUAACGGACGAGAAGAAGCACAUCAGGUUCGCCGAUUGGAGCGCCAACGAUAUCGAAGUAUUGAACAAAUAUCUGUUUCUCACGUCAAAACCGAUUAUCUAUUUGGUGAACCUGUCGGAGAAGGACUACAUACGCAAGAAGAACAAAUGGUUAAUCAAGAUAAAAGAGUGGGUCGACAAGAACGAUCCUGGCGCGGUGUUAAUCCCUUUCAGCGGCGUCUUCGAAAACAAGAUUUUCGAUAUGGACGAGGCGGAGCGCGCAAAAUACUUCGAGGAACACAAAGUCACCAGUGCACUUGACAAAAUUAUUUUACAAGGAUACAGGGCGCUACAGUUACAAUAUUUCUUCACGUCCGGUCAUGACGAAGUCAAGGCGUGGACGAUUCAGAAAGGCACGAAAGCGCCUCAAGCUGCGGGGAAGAUACACACGGAUUUUGAAAAAGGAUUUAUCAUGGCGGAAGUGAUGAAAUUUGAAGAUUUCAAAAACGAGGGCUCGGAAGCAGCAGUAAAAGCCGCCGGAAAGUACAGACAACAAGGCCGUAAUUACAUAGUCGAGGAUGGCGAUAUUAUUUUCUUCAAGUUCAACGCAGGCGCCGGGUUAAAAGACGCGAAAAAGAAGUGAUGGCACGCGUUUCUCAUGUUGUUGCUCGUCCAUCUGUACAUCAACAUGAUCCUGUUAUCCUGUUGCAUGCAUCACCCACGAGUGAAUCAAUCCAACUCGCUUUCCGAUCCUCCCUGACUCUUUCAUUCACGAUAAGUAUGUGUACACACUAAUCAUGACGAUAAUGAUGAAUCUUUUUAUAUUUUUAUUUUCUGCAGAAUCUAUAAAAAAUUAAUCGUGCUCACGACACGUUGCAAGAUGUUAUAUUGGAGAAUAUAACAUCCAAUAUUUUUUUCGAGUAAAUUAUACGUAGAGAACAAUGUACUUGAUACACAUGUUAUUUUUGUUGUAAAGGACGUUGUCUAUGAAAGAAAAAUAGAAUUUUACGUUUAUCUUUAUGUACGUAAUUAGCUGUUUAUACAGAUCGCACUUAUUUUUUGUUUUUGGUGAAAAAUGUGCGGACACAGGAAAAGAGAAUGAAAAGAAAGGGAAUGACGUGUAUCUAAAGCAUUUCUUUGUACUCUUCUGUAUUUAUUUUAAAAAUAUUAAAUUACAUUGACGUAUAAGGAUUGUAGCGGCUUCGUAAUUUGUGAAUACGCUCUAUUACAAGUUAUAAAAAUUAUUCCGACAAAACGAUGCGCUACAAUCGAUAAAAACCACGUAACGAUAGUCGCCAAUGAUUUAUCCUCUACGUAGGAUGGUGUAUGUGGUUACAGAGUCAACGUCUAGAUGGCACGAGAAGUUCACAUUUGUUUCUUUGGUACAAUAAUUACGAAGUUAUAAAA